CCAAGAACAAUGAGCAAUCGUGUUUCACAAUCUGUGAAUAACAAACCAAACAAUCAAAAACCUUAUCUUCAUCUUCUUCUUCUUUUUCUCAAUCCUUUCCCCAUCCCUUCGAUUUCAGGCACUCCUUUUGUUUUCUCUCAAUCCUAAUCCAAUCUUAUUUGGGUUUUCGAACUGACUGUAUUUUACCUUUUAAGUUCACUUCAAUGGCGGCCAUUAUCUCCUGCAAGUUCUGUUCCUCUCUAGUCACCUCCAAAUCCUCAAUACCCACCACCCAUUGUCGCUCCUCCAAGCUCUGGAAUGGCGGUUGGUCCAAAACAUUUGGCCCCAGAUGCUCCUCCUCCAAUCGGAUUAAAUGUGAGCUUCAGAAUGCGAAGAACGGCAGUCCAUUUUGCUUGAAGGAGUUUGCAAUCUCAACGGCUUUGGCAUUUAGUUUAAUUACAGGGGUUCCUACAUUAGGCUCCUCUGCAGAUGCAUAUGCGACUGCUGGUCCAGUGAUUCCCGACCUGUCCGUGUUGAUAUCCGGUCCGCCAAUAAAGGAUCCCGGAGCUUUGUUGAGAUAUGCUUUGCCUAUUAACAAUAAAGCUAUUAGGGAAGUUCAAAAACCACUUGAAGACAUCUCUGAAAGUCUUAAAAUUGCUGGAGUCAAGGCACUUGAUUCUGUGGAGAGGAAUGUGAGGCAGGCAUCUCGAACACUCAAGCAGGGGAAGGAUUUGAUUAUAUCGGGGUUGGCAGAAUCGAAGAAGGAACAUGGAAGCGAAGUUCUCGGUAAAUUGGAAGCUGGAAUGGAUGAGCUCCAAAAGAUUGUGGAGGACAGAGAUAGAGAUGCAGUUGCACCAAAACAAAAGGAGCUUCUUAAUUAUGUAGGCAGUGUUGAAGAGGAUAUGGUCGAUGGCUUCCCGUUUGAAGUGCCUGAAGAAUACAAAAAUAUGCCUCUACUGAAGGGGAGAGCAGCCGUGGAUAUGAAGGUCAAAGUGAAGGAUAAUCCGAACAUCAAUGAGUGUGUUUUCCACAUAGUUUUAGACGGCUAUAACGCUCCCGUAAGUGCUGGGAAUUUCAUCGACUUGGUCGAAAGGCACUUCUACGAUGGCAUGGAAAUUCAAAGAGCGGACGGUUUUGUCGUUCAGACUGGUGAUCCAGAAGGUCCUGCCGAGGGUUUCAUUGAUCCUAGUACUGAGAAAACCCGAACUGUACCAUUAGAAAUCAUGGUUGAUGGGGAGAAAGCACCUUUCUAUGGAGAAACUUUGGAAGAGCUUGGUCUAUACAAGGCCCAAACAAAACUUCCAUUCAAUGCAUUUGGAACCAUGGCCAUGGCUAGAGAGGAAUUUGAUAACAAUUCAGCAUCUAGUCAGGUCUUUUGGCUGCUGAAGGAAAGUGAACUGACUCCUAGUAAUGCUAAUAUAUUGGAUGGUCGGUACGCCGUGUUCGGUUACGUCACCGAAAAUGAGGACUUUUUGGCAGAUCUUAAAGUUGGCGACAUUAUAGAGUCGAUACAGGUAGUCUCUGGCCUCGAUAACUUGGUGAAUCCGAGCUACAAGAUUGCUGGCUAAGGAAGUUUCUUAGUAUCAAUAUUGAAUUGCCUUGUGAAUCAAUUCAUUGCCUUGUGUUCUUUCUUAGUCCUUUUUCUCCUGUUUAUUUUUUUCCUUCCUCGGCCUUAGUUUUGUAAGUCAACUUUGUAUCCCAAAAUUAGAUCAUUUCAUUUAUGAAGCAAACUGGCAUCUCUCUGUGCAAUGAGUUUAACUUUAUAUGAUUGCCUUCUACA